CUUAAAAGAGCCGGCUCAAUGAACCGGCUCGUUCGCGACCAACACAUCUCUAGUUUUUAGGUAACAAUAACAAACAUGGCUACUUACAGGCAGGUCGGCAGGUUGUUGGGUCUUUCAGCAAGACUUUCACGUCCUCUUGCAGUCAGUGGAUAUCAGAGUGCUGGAUUACACUGGCCUUCACAUAACACGGCAGUCCCAAACAGAUGGCCACAAAACCCCCAUUGGGUUGUUCCUGGAAGGACCAUGUUUGUGCAGACGCAGGACACACCGAAUCCAAACAGCCUAAAGUUUCUGCCCGGUCGUACAGUCCUUGAAACAGGGACGAUGAAUUUUGCCAGCCCUCGCGAUGCUCAUUGCUCACCCUUAGCAAGACAGCUGUUUAGGAUUGAGGGAGUCAAGGGUGUCUUCCUGGGCCCCGACUUUAUCACCAUAUCAAGGACUGAUGAAAAUAUGGAGUGGAAAGUAAUGAAGCCCGAUGUAUUUGCUGCCAUUAUGGACUUUUUCACUUCUGGACUUCCUGUGGUCAAUGAGGACAGCACGCCUAGCGCAGAUACAGCACCAUCAGAAGAUGACGACGAAGUAGUCGCUAUGAUCAAAGAACUGCUGGAUACUCGAAUAAGGCCAACAGUGCAGGAGGAUGGAGGUGAUGUUGUGUAUCGGGGGUUUGAGGACGGCAUCGUCAAACUGAAGCUGCAGGGCUCCUGCACCAGUUGUCCAAGUUCCAUUGUCACUUUGAAGAGUGGAAUCCAAAACAUGCUGCAGUUUUACGUCCCCGAAGUUGAAUCAGUGGAGCAGGUGAAGGACGAAGAUGAAGAAGAGGCUGCUCAAGUUUGAAGUACACUGAAUCCACAUAUACACAUUCCUCCCUCCUACGGUCACCUGUUUCAAUGCGAGCCAUAGUUGCAAUAAAAUGAGCUGGUGUAUAGCAUAGCUGUCUUCAUCAGUCAUCCAGAUGUUAUCAUUGAUUUUGGUGGCUAUUUUCUGGGGACAGAAGAGCCCAGUCAUAAGCACCGAUGACUGUAGAGCUGACAUACAUUGUAUUUAUUAUUUCACAUUGUUAUACCUUUUGAAUCAGCCACUAGUCAAAACAGCCUUAAUCAGGCUUAAAAUACAUAUACUGUGUGUAUAUAAAUAAAGUUUGUUGAAAUAUUG